AUGACCAGCAAAGGAGUCAUUUUUUGCUUUCUUCUCAUUCUCCUGCAGUGCUCAGCAGACGACAGCUUAGAGAACUCUGAUGAAACGGACAAGAACAGAACUGGCGAUCGUUUGAAAACACCGAACGAGUCUGAAAUUGCUAACGCGGAAGCAGCAAAGGACUUGAAUGCAUCAUCGGUAGCUCCAGAGGGACAGGAACAAACAGCUUCUUCACCAUUUUUAACGACAACUUUACCUGCGUCAGAAGUUCCUGGGACAGGCGAAACGCAGCCCUCAGGCCCCACUUCUAGUUCCUAUGAAACAUCACCAUCAACUACUGUUGCGCCAGCAUUACCCAGGCCUCCUCACUUUACAGCAGGAUCAUUUUUCAGUAAGUUGUUUGCUGCUUCAAAAUGA